AUGGAACGGCGCCGCCAUCCCCACGCGCACCGAGCGCGCCGCGUGCUGGACCUCGCGCGACGCCUGGAGCCCGGCGCCUCCGAGGCCGCGCGCGCGUGCCCCGAGGCGACCGCCGCGUUCGAGCGCGACUGCGCCGCGGCGUGGGUCAAGUACUUCAAGCAGUGGCGCGUGGCGGACGCGCAGAAGCGCAGGCGCAUCGAGCAGCUGCAGGCCGAGGGCGCGGUCGAGGCCAACGUGACGAGCAGCUUCGCGGGCGGCGGCAACAUCUCGGGCAGCAGCGGCAAGGCGCAGGCGACCAAGGAGGAUAUACAGGCGAUGCUGGAUAAGAAGCGCGGGUGA